AACUGACAGUGAAAGGAAUCUGUAUUACAAAGAUAUAAUACAAAUGAUUUGGGUGGGUGAGAUAGUGAAUUCUGAGCCACUCCCAUAGCAACUAGUUUCAUCCUUGAAAAGUUAGGAGGUCUGCUGUGGUAGUGUCUCACUCUGGUGCGAGUAAAGACACAGUCUACUCAUCUAUGGUACUAACUACAUUUUCUCAGUCUGAAGUAGAGCCAGUGACUUACCUGUGCAUCAACCAUGAAUUCUGGUGUCUGGAGAAUCCUCAUUUUGGUAUUUACUUUGGCAGCUGUCUGGACAUUCUGCAAUGCAGAUACCGUGCAAACAACUGAGCCAGCAGUCAGACCUGGACAUCCUGUAAGAAUAAAUGUCACUGACCCACAGGUGGAAGCUGCAGCUAAGAUUGCAAUAUAUGCAUUCAACAACCAGUCAAAUGACAUGUUCCUCUUCAAAGUUCUUCAAAUAGAUGAUGCAAAGAUGCAGAUUGUUAAAGGAAUUAAGUACAUACUGGAUAUUAGAAUCAGAAGAACAGUGUGCCGAAAAAAUAAAUACUAUGAUCUGGACAAAUGUGACUUUCAGAAUGACAAAAAAUUAAAUCAGAUCUUUUUCUGCCACUCUGAAGUGUGGACUGUCGUCUGGUUGCAUUUCAACAAAGUAACUGCCCUUCACUGUCAGUAACGAUCCUUUCAAAACUUUAGCUGCUUGAAAACACUUUACCACAAUUAUUUGAAACACCAGUUGGUGACUGAUAUCUUUACUCUACUGAGAUUUUUAAAAGGUUUUAUGAACACCAUUAAAUCAUUAAAAUCAUUUCUUGGUUCAA